AUGUCCGAAAUUCGGAACAUGGGGAAUAAAGGCUAUCCAAUUUUAUGUUAUCGCCACAAUAAAUGGAUUCCACUAAGCUCUGAGGAGCUCGUACCAGGAGAUAUUGUAUCGUUGCGCUCUGCACCCAAGAAUCAAGUAACGAACAAAAGCCAACCCCAGAGACAACAAAAUCCUAGACAGGCCUCUGAGCCAGACGAAAGAUUGGCGCCUUGUGAUCUUAUUCUUUUGUCGGGAAGACUAAUUUGUGAUGAAUCUCUUUUGACGGGCGAGUCAGUUCCUCAGGUGAAAGAAGGCAUUGAUCAAAUCGAUAUGACUUCCACAUUUGUUGAGGCAGACAAUGGCGUGUCCGUUAUUAAUGGUGGCACGAAGAUUCUUCAGUUCAUUCCAGCUGGGAAAGACGGCCUCCCUAGCAAUCUAACCGGCGCUCUUAGACCUACUGAUAAGGGAUGCCCGGCGUUAGUCAUCCGAACGGGGUUUUCGACAACUCAAGGGCAACUUUUGCGAACUAUUCUCUACGGUUCGAAGCGCGUGACUGCGAAUAACAAAGAGACUGGAUUGUUCAUAGGCAUUCUAUUGAUGUUUGCAAUCGCAGCCUCUGCUCACUUGUACAUUGAGGGGAGCAAGGAUGAGACAAAAUCAAAAUACAAGCUAUUACUGGAAUGCACAUAUAUUCUUACUUCAGUUGUCCCUCCAGAACUUCCGAUCCAACUCUCUUUGGCUGUCAAUACUUCCCUGUUAGCCCUGCACAAACUUGGUCUAUUUUGUACAGAACCGUUCCGAAUCCCUUAUGCUGGUAAAAUAGAUAUUGUCUGCUUCGACAAAACUGGAACACUCACUCAAGAUGAAGUAGUUAUUGAUGGGGUCGCGGGUGUGAGAGAUGAUCCGAAUCAAGUCGUCCCAGUAAUUGACCUUUCUCCCGAAACUACAAGAGUACUCGCGGGUGCACACGCGCUUCAUAUGUCCGAUGAUAAACAACUUGUUGGAGAUCCAUUGGAAAUUACGAUUUUGAAAGAAAUUAACUGGAGUCUCAAGGGAGACACUUGUGCGCCGCUGAAUAAAUCCAGAGAUCACAAAGCUAUAAAGAUCGAAAGAAAGUAUUACUUUUCGUCCGCCUUGGCCAGAAUGAGCACCGUUCUCAGUCAUGAGCCUGAUGAAAAUGGAGCCAAGUAUACUGCUGUCAUUAAAGGCUCUGCAGAAGCCAUCCGAGUGAGGCUGAAGGCUGUCCCGGAAUGGUAUGAAAAAACUCACAAAAAACUGGCGCGAGAUGGCUACAGAGUUCUGGCAUUGGGCUCACGAUCGCUUGAAUAUGAAACGAGAUCCGAGAUGGUCCAGGCCGAGCGUGAUCAGAUUGAAAGAGACUUCGACUUCCGAGGAUUUCUGGUAACCGCAUCACCACUGAAAGAUGAUACGAUUGAGGUUAUAAAAGCUCUCAAGGAGUCGAGUCACUACGUCUCCAUGAUUACAGGAGACGCGCAGUUGACGGCGGUUCACGUAGCGAGAAAAACCGACAUGAUUGUAGACGACGAAACGAAAAUAUACACAUUCGAAAACAGGCCCGCGAAAUCGGAUUUCGUUUGGCGGCGACUUGAUGAGGAGAUUGAAUUUGCAGCUUCAGAAAUUCCAGAUGAUGAUCUCUGCCUCGGUGGAAAGGGAUUUACGUGGAUUAGUGAAAAUCAUGGUGAUGAGUUUUUGAGAAAACUCAUUCCAAAGAUUCGUGUUUUCGCGCGUGUAUCGCCCAGGCAAAAAGAGACAAUAAUAUGCGAAUUGAAGGCAGCCGGAUUCCAUACUGUUAUGUGUGGGGAUGGAACGAAUGAUGUCGGUGCUCUCCGCCAAAGUCAUGUCGGAGUAGCCCUCCUCAGUCAGACUGUUGGCGAAAAGAUUGAUAAACAACAUUCAUACAUGAGAAAACAAAGAGAAAUUGCGACAUACGCUCGUCUCGGGCAACAACGUAUCCAACAGAACCCACAGCUACAAGAGACUUAUGCGAGGCUGAUGGAUGAGCUCGGAGAAAUGGAAGGCCCACAAUAUGUUCAAUUAGGAGAUGCAUCAAUUGCUGCCCCUUUUACUUCAAGAAAACCUUCACCCGCUGCCGUUUUACAUGUGAUUAAACAGGGGCGAUGUACACUUGUCACAACAUUGCAGAUGUUCUCAAUUUUGGCGCUGAAUUCGCUCAUAUCUGCUUACUCUCAAUCAGCACUUUACCUUAAGGGAAUUAAAUUUUCCGAUGGACAAAACAGUCAGUUCGUGGCUAGGCUCCGAAUACGAUUCUGGCCUCGAAACACCGAAAAAUGCUCCGCUGCUGAUUUUCAAUCAUGUUUGUUCGCUCAAAUGAAAUCCGAUAUCGCCAGCGAACGGCUUGUCGUAACAGACAAGGAGCGCAAGGACGUAAUCGUUAAAAUGGGUGCCCUACAGCUGCAGAUUGACCACGGAGACAUGCCUGGGGAAAACUAUCUAUUUAAUGAUCAAGCUUUCAUUGAAAAAGUGAUUAACUAUCAUCGAAAAUACCGAGGAAUGGGGAGGAAGGAAGCAAUGGAAAAAUUCCUUGCGCUUGGCCAACAGCUUACCUACUAUGGAGUGGAGACAUUCCCAGUGCAGAUGAAUAGCUCCAAUUUCUUCCUGGGUCUUCACUGCCAUGGAUACUACCUCUGGACAAGCGACGAGUACAAAACGACCAAAUGUGCGCGAUUUUUUAAGUGGAACAAGAUAAAAGAGUUCAGAUAUCGAGAAAAAAAUUUCUUCAUCAAAUUCAAAAAGAACGUAGAAUUACCUCACCAGACAUUCCAAUUUGCUUCCUUUACCAGAGCUCGCUCUUUAUUUUCCUCAAUGAUGGACUACCACAUCUUCUACCGAGUUAAACCCAACAAAGAUACAGCACGACCUCUUGCGCACAAAAAGAACCUUCCGACUCCUCCUCGAAGCCUGGAACAAAUCUCUUAA